AUGGCAACCGACGACGAGCUAUGCAGCCGUGGCGCCCGUGACGACCUCGUGGCAACCCACCACGACGUUGGUGACGAGUUCGGUGCCUGGCACGAGUGGGUCAACAUGGACCCAGCUACAAUCAUUGGCACGACAGGUGCUAUCGUGGGCAUUGUCGACGUUGUCACCAAGACAAUCAUGACCCUUCGAGAUCUGCGAGAUAGAUGGAAAACCAUCGCCCUUACGGUAUCCAACCUCAUCACACAGCUGAAUUCGCUCAAAGCUGCCUUGAAUAAGAUCUCGGAAUGGAUAUCGUCUGACCUUUCCAACUCCCCUCAACAUCACCAGCUGAUCAUCGAUCUCGAAGAGGCGAUACACUGCUGCCGAUUACUGGUCAAGUCAAUGGAUGAGAACAUGGAGCAGCUUAAUCAAAAUGGAACAGAGACCCUGGAUUUUCAGGAUAAACUUAAGGUUUUCUUCAAUAAUAGCGACUUCGAGACCUUUCAGACUUUCAUACAGAGACAGAUCAGCGCUCUCAACUUACUACUAACAGCAUGCAAUUGGUACUUCAAAUUAAUCUCGUUUGUGUCCCCACGGCAAAGCAAUUUACUAAAUGUGUGCAGCAAAACGCUACACGAACAACGGACACGUCUUGAGGAUCCUGGAACACGAGAAGCUUUCGACAGAGUUCGUGACGACUCUUCGUCACUGAUCGUGCUUCAUGACAGUGCGUCUUUCUUCAGUAAAGCUACCGUCUCUACCGAAAACUCGGCUAGGUUCUCAGCAAUUUUCCCUUUCGAUUCAGAAUUGAUUAGUACCCAAGUUUAUCAAAGAGCCGUACGCAGGUUGUUCAAAGCAAAGCCUCGUGGACCAGUGAUGCCAACGACCGAAUCUACCAGCCUUUCCGCCUUGAACAUACGAGCGACGCUCAGACAGAGGAAGGAGACCAAAGAGGCUGCUGAGAGAUCUGCCAUUAUCGAGAAGUCAAUCGAGAAAGACACCCGAAUAAAGAUGAGGGAGAUCCCUUUACUGCUGACUGGAGGAAAUGGCAACAGUUACCGCAUCAUUUUGGGAAAACUACAGUAUCACUUCGAAGGUAUCGAACGUGCAACGCAGAUAGAGAUGCUAACUAUGGCCAUCACUCGUUUCCAAGAACUUUACCGGAAUCUUGGAAAGACUGUCGAUGAUUAUAGUGAGACCGUGCAUUCAGCUCUGAAGCCUCCAGGUACUGGACUAGAGGAUCUUAGGCAGCAAGCAAAUGCGGUGCAUUGGUUGUGGCAGGACUCGAUAUCAGAAGAAAGCCACACAGCUUCAACCAUGCUGGAUAACAUAAUGCGCUUGGCGGAGCCGUCGUAUACUCCGACAUAUGCUGACAUUGGCAAUAUGCAAGCGAUGAAAUCAUCGUAUGAGAGUCAAGUCCAGGAAACUUCAAUAACACUUGGCCAGCUUGUUCUUCGCAUUGUUGCGUGUAGUUCGCGGCUGCGAAGCCGUGUAUCAUUAUUGCAGGCUGGAGAUUUCCGUGUGCUUUGUUUCGUCGUUGAUCUUGAUACGUACAAUGCAGAAUCAUUUUCAGACGACAGAAUACCUACCAUAGACGAUUUCGACGAAGAAUGGAUGACUCAGCCUGAAAUUGUUCGCAGUCUGGCCAUAUUCAAGGACACAAUGGGCCCCCGUGGAGAUCAAUAUAAAUAUGUGAUACUACUCUUCGACAAUAUCACCAUCUUCAAACACAAGCUUAUGAGCGUACCCUUGGCAAGCGCGUUUCCUGACUAUACCGGAGUAUCUUUCUGUGACAAGGCUCAAGACUUUCUAAUCGAGCAAUUUAAGAAAGUCUGUGCAGAAGAUGUUCAGACUACUGUUGAGAAAGUAGCUGGUAAACGUACGGCAUCCACUCUGUUGGGAGCACAAGCGAAUGAAGGCUAUUUUGAGGAAUGA